AUGAUCGACGGCGUCUGCAACAGCAUGCACCCUGCACCACCUACGGCGUCUGGCUCGGAAGACCCUCGAGUGUACCUCGAUCGGCUUUCCGGCAAUUGGAGGUACGAAGAUGAUGAGGGCGACGAAUGGGAGUGGCAGCCGUUUGUACAACACUCACGACCAGCCGUCGAUCCGGGCGAGACCGAAGAGGAAUCGUCUACCACAUCCGCAUCCACAUUCAAAGCCUCCACAAGCUCGCUUCCAUCAGGGCAUUGGGUCAAAGUGCUGGAUGACGACUUAAUUCGCGCACAGCAGGCAGCCUACUCGGUCGAGGGGGUCGACGAAUCGCAACCUGCACAAGCUGUGCUUCGACGUGGGAAGAAACGUCCUGCCUCACCCCCUCCAUCUGAAAUCCUCGCCACACAGUCAACCACCACAAAUCAAGCUGCUCCAUCCUCUUCAGCUUCCAGACUUCCGCCAUCAAAGAAGCCGAAACCAAUUACAUCACUUUACGUCACAGGUCUACCGCUCGAUGCCUCGUCAGACGAGAUCGCACGCGUCUUUUCGCGAUACGGUGUACUCCUCGAGGACGAUUCCGGCAAGCCAAGGAUCAAGAUGUACUACGAUGACAGGACGGGAAUGUUCAAAGGGGAGGCGCUGGUCGUGUAUUUCAAGCCCGAAAGUGUCGAGCUGGCCAUUAGUAUGCUGGACGAGACGAGCUUGAGGGGUGCGAUUGGGUCGGGGGAUGAUAAUGGGCAGGUCAUGCGCAUUCAACGUGCAGAGUUUCCUACUGCUGAAAGAGGUAACGGGCAAGCGGGUAGCACCGCUCGUACAGAUGCGAACCUGAACGAAAAGAAGACGGCAAAGCCGAAGGAUGAGCCAACCAAUGGCGCUCGACGCAAUCUGACCGAUCAAGAUCGCAAGAAGAUUGCCAAACGAGUUGCCAGACUGGAGACCAAACUCUCGGAUUGGCGCGAUGAUUCUCCCUCCCCGACCCCUUCCGACGCCGAGCUCACCAAUCCCACCGCAAAUACCGCAAACACCGCUGCUCCAACAGGCCGCACCGUAGUCCUCACCAAAAUGUUCACACUGUUCGAACUCGAAUCCGACCCGACCUUACUCCUCGACCUGAAGGAAGACGUUCGCGAAGAAUGCAGCUCCACCAUCGGCGGUGUCACAAACGUCGUGCUAUGGGAUGCCGAACCAGAAGGCAUCAUGACGGUGAAGUUCCAAACAGCGGAACAGGCGCAGUCGUGCGUGAGCAUGAUGAAGGGCAGAUUCUUUGCUCAGAGACGUAUCGAUGCCUGGGUCUUCAACGGCAAACCGCGCUUCAGGAGAAGCGACGCACAACAGGAUGCCGGUGACAGCGAUGAUGAUUCCGAGGCAACAGGCAAGACACAAACCCAAGAGAAGAGCAGAAGAGACGCCUUCGGCGCUUGGCUCGAAGACGCCUGA